GCGGGGAGCGGACGUGCGGGAUGGGCGCGACGCGCGGGGAGGGGGACCGGCAGCGGGUUCCACGAUGGAGAGGGGAGCGAGCUCACAGUGCUGUCCCUUCGGCUGGAGAGCGCGGGAUGUGCGAGCCGGAGAAGGGCACCCAGGACGUCAGUAGCUUCGCUAAGGCUGAGAUGGGCUUCCUGGGGCGGGGGGCGCAGAAAAGCAGAGAGCGGAUGGGUAAAUCUGAUGUGCUGCCUGGCCGCUCGGUUGGGGCUGUGGUGUCUGGGCUUUGCUUUCCAGGAACUGUAUACCCUCACCCGCGCCAGGCCACCCCUCGGCUGAAGAUCAGUGGCCCAGAUCUUGCAGCCGGGCGGGAGCUGGAGCCGGGAACAGCAGAGGAGGACGGAGCUAAACUCACCUGGCGAACCGCGAGGAUGGCUCUUUGGCUGUUUUUGGUGAACCUGGUCACCAUGAGGCUGCUGCGCCCGGCCUUCCCCGGCUACCUCCUGCUGGCCUUGCUCACCUGCACUGCUGCUCCCCAGGUGCUAGCAAGGUCUGUGGGCCGGGCACCUGUCAGUGCUGCCUCUUUCCUGGACAACCUCAUGCAGCGUUAUGGUGAGGGUGACAGUCUCACCCUGCCACAGCUGAAGGCCCUGCUCAACCACCUGGAUGUGGGAGUGGGCCGCGAUAACAUCACCCAGCAUGCACAGGAACACAGAAAUCUCUCCACGUGCUUUAGUUCUCGAGACCUCUUCGCUGCCCACAAUUUCAGCAACCAGUCGAGGGUUGGGAGGAAUGAGUUCCAGGAGUUCUGCCCCACCAUCCUGCAGCAGCUGGAUUCCCGGGCCUGCUUGGCUGAGAACCAAGAGAAUGAGGAGAAUGAGCAGACAGAGGAGGGGAAGCCAAGUGCCAUCGAAGUGUGGGGCUUUGGUUUCCUCAGUGUCUCGCUGAUUAACCUGGCCUCUCUCCUGGGAGUCCUCGUCGUGCCGUGCACAGAACGAGCAUUUUUCCGCCGGGUGCUCGCUUACUUCAUCGCCCUGUCAAUUGGAACGCUGCUCUCUAACGCGCUCUUCCAGCUCAUCCCAGAGGCUUUUGGUUUCAACCCUCUGGAAGAUUAUUAUGUCUCCAAGUCUGCAGUGGUGUUUGGGGGAUUCUACCUUUUCUUUUUUACAGAGAAGAUCUUGAAGAUGCUUCUUAAGCAGAAAAACGAGCACCAUCAUGGACAUAACCACUUUGCCUCGGAGACGCUUCCUUCCAAGAAGGACCAGGAGGAGGGCGUGAUGGAGAAGCUGCAGAAUGGGGACCUGGACCACAUGAUUCCUCAGGCCUGCAGCAGCGAGCUGGAUGGCAGGACUCCCAGCAUGGACGAGAAGGUCAUUGUGGGCUCGCUGUCUGUGCAGGACCUGCAGGCUUCGCAGAGCACCUGCUACUGGCUGAAAGGUGUGCGCUACUCUGAUAUCGGCACCUUGGCCUGGAUGAUCACGCUGAGCGAUGGCCUGCAUAACUUCAUCGAUGGCCUGGCCAUCGGUGCCUCCUUCACCGUGUCUGUUUUCCAAGGCAUCAGCACCUCGGUGGCCAUCCUUUGUGAGGAGUUCCCACACGAGCUGGGCGACUUCGUCAUCCUGCUCAACGCCGGCAUGAGUAUCCAGCAGGCCCUCUUCUUCAACUUCCUCUCUGCCUGCUGCUGCUACGUAGGCCUGGCCUUUGGCAUCCUGGCAGGCAGCCACUUCUCCGCCAACUGGAUUUUUGCUCUGGCUGGAGGAAUGUUCCUGUAUAUUGCUCUAGCUGAUAUGUUCCCUGAGAUGAACGAGGUCUGCCAGGAGGACGAAAGGAAAGGCACCAUCCUAGUGUCCUUCGUCAUCCAGAACCUGGGCCUCCUGACUGGCUUCACCAUCAUGCUGCUCCUCACCAUGUACUCGGGGCAGAUCCAGAUCGGGUAGGGCCCUGUGGGGCCCCUGACAUCACAAGUCAGGCCCCAGGCUGCUUUCCCUGCCUGAGGACUCACCCUCUGUGUGGCACACAGAAGAGGCAGCUCUGUAAAAACUGCCUCAGACCAUCUGCCUGCAUUCAGAUGUCAGAUGUUUCAAGAUGUCACUGUGUCCUAGAAAGCAAGCCGUCCAGUAGCCACUCUCUAGGUAGUGCCUCGCCCCUUUCCUUCCCCCUUCCUCAUGGGCACGCUGGAACCUGAAUGUCGCACACAGGACAAGCCUCUCCCUUUCCUCUCUGGUUACUCUGAUCUCUCUUGGAAGCAACACUGUGAGAUUUGGCAUCUUUGACCUUGCAGUGUAAAAAUAGAGGCAGCUGUCAGAGCCUGGGUAGAAACAUCUGCAGGUGAAUUCAUCCUUGGGGGCCCCUGAAUUGAAAUUGCAUCCUGGACCUCAAGGUGCCCCUUUUGAUUUGAUUCUCCUAUUCCAAAGAAAGGGCAGAGCACAGGCAUCCAUCCCACCAAUCUUUCAGAAUCUGUUCAGUUCCUAUUAAUAUUCUCAGAGAACUAAAACUCAUAGCAGGUGAAUAGGGCAAGAGGCAGGGACCAUCCUGAGUGACAGGACGUAGAACCAAUCACGUGGGACCUGUCAGGGUGCUCACUUGGUCCCACCGGGAUGCUGGAUGUUGCUCUUGUCCAACCCUGCUGUCUCCUGGUUGUCUGGCUGAGCCAGUGUAGGGGUCAGCUGCCCAGGCCACCUCCUCUGUCAUGUUAACACUAAGUGGGAGGGGUAGGAGCUCUGCAAGAAAAGAAAUGGUUUUGCUGAUUCCCAGCUCUCUUCUUCUAAGAGACUUUAGCUGCCUCUCUAGAAGCACAUUUUGAGCACAUUUCAGAUGUUUAUGUGGCAAGCAUGGUGGCACACACCUGUAAUCCCAGUACUGCUAAGGCUGAGGCAGGCAGGUUGCUGUGAAUUAGAGGUCAGUCCAGGCUACAUAAUGAGUUCAAGGCCAGCCUGAACUAGAUAGUGAGACUCUGUCUCAAAAAACAAAAACAAUAACAAGAAAAUGUUUGUAUUAGAGGGGAGACUGCACAGAUUCACUGCCCCAAUCAAGACUUCUCCUGCAGACUGGCAAGCUUACUUGCAGAGUAAAAGUGCGGUUGUUAAUGCUUUACCAUGGUGACCAAGGGAAAUCAGUAAAGGCAUCAGUGCUGGCCAAGUGGAGGACCUGCUAAUUACAUAAACACGAGUGUGAAUACUAGAGGGCUCUAGACUGUGAGGUCAGAAACUCACGACUUGGCCUUGGGGUGCUGCAGACGUUGUUGCUGCAUGUGGGGUUUAGCGCCGCUCUGGAUGACACGUCCUGGUAUGAAUUGUUCUAAUCCUCUCCAGAAAGUGGAUGGUGUGCUUGUCCCUAACACUACAGGCCAGCCGAGGGCGCUGUGGAGCUCCUGCCUCAGAACUCUGGCUUCAAGGGGAGCUGAUCUCCAGGUUCACUAGGUGAAUUGCUUUACUAUUAUCAUAUUGAUAAUGCAAGACUCUUUAGCCACUCUAGGGAGCCAGUCUCCCCAGAAGCCUUAGUGCUGCCCACAGUCACAGCCCGGGGGCCGUGUUUGUCUGCAGGACAGACAAGAGCACAGGUUUAUCGCCAAUGCCUGAGGUUUUCUGUUCUUAGGCAGAAAAACUGUCCACUCUCAGUGAUUCCAAGCAGCAUCUAUUUUGUUUUUUCUUGGGAAACAGCCCUCAAACCAGGAAUCUUCCUGAAAAGAGCACAAGCUGCUCAGCUUCCCCCUGAUCUUGCUUAUGACUUGGCUGGACUUAAGAACAGGCUGAAGGAGGAGGAACUUCAGCCGUCGGGAUUCUAGAUCGAAUGUCAGGACCAACUCCUGGUAGGGUUAGGGUCCAGUUUUACCAAAGAACCAGUUCCUUGGAUGUUGGAAUAUAACUUUAUUUUAGCAUCGUAUCUGUUGAUAUUGUUUUAAGAGUGCUUCUUUGUCUUUUCUGUUUUAUAAUUCUCAAAGUGCUUUCAGUAGCUAGGAGAAAAUGACACAAUUUUUGAUUCAGGUGGGUGUAGCUCAGUGGUAGAGUGCUUGCCUUGCAUGUGCAGGGCCCUGGCUUCCCUCUUCAGCACUGCAAAAACACAAAAAAGCGAGAAAGAAAGAAAAAUUAAGACUCUGAAAGAUUUUGUCUUAUUUCACUCAUAUUAAUGUAUUAAAUUUUUAAUUUUAGCAUUCCCUGUAUAGAUCCUAUCAUUCCUUACAAAAUAUUCUUUGUCACUGGGCGUGAUGGCGCACAACUGUAAUUCCAGCACUCUGGGAGGCUGAGGCAGGAAGAUCACAAGUGUGAGCCCAGCCUGGGCAACUUAGUGAGUCCUGUCUCACAAUAAAAAUAAAUAAAAAGGGCUGGGGAUAUAGCUCAGUGUGAAGGCUUUGGGUUCAAUCCUCAGUACUACUGAGAAACAAAACAAAACAAAAAAAUCCUUUUUCUGGGGUAGAAUACUGACUUAGAGUUCAUGAGUUUCUAAGGUUAAGAGAGGAGCUUAGAGACCUAAUCUUGAAUAAAAUGAAAAUCAGAUAUGAACUAAUCCUCUUCAAAGGCAUUGGUGCAGGUUCAGCCCCCUUUGGAUCUUAGGAGGGAGGGGUCUGUUGCCAUUGGCAAGACUCGACUCCUGAGCUGACAACAUGAUUUCUUUUUGACGUUUAAGAGUUGAAUUUGCUGUUUUAAGCAUUUGUACAUAUUAGAAAUCUCCAGGGUAGUGAGUUCAGAGGGCUUUUCUCCCCUGAGUAGCUUCUUCAGCCUCUCUCCAGACAGACCAGCUCCUAUUCACGUCAGCAAGGAAGUGUCACACACAGGAGCUGGAAGCCAGGGACAGGGUUCUGCUGCUUCUCGCCUUGCUCUUUGUCCUUGCCUCCAAAGGUGUUCUGUGUCUAGUGUCAGCUGGGGGCCAUUCUGCAAUGGUCCUUCACUCUGAGUUUCAAAAAGACUUCUAAGCUAGGGGCGGUGGUGGACACCUGUAAUCCCAGCAGCUUGGGAUGCUGAGUCAGGAGGAUUGCAAGUUCAAGCCCGGACUGGGCAACUUAGCAAGACUCUUGUCUUAAAACAUAAAAGGCACUGGGGAUACAACUCAGUGAUAGAGCACCCCUGGAUUUGAUCCCCAGUACUACCAAAAAAUAAAAUCUCUAGGGGCCGGGGAUUUAGCUCUGGUUCCACCGCCUGCCUCGAAAGUGCAAGGUCCGGAGUUCAAUCCCUGGUACCAAAAAAAAUCUCUGGGUAGCCUAAGAUCUAUUUUUAGUAAGUUCUUUUCCAAAGAGAUGAUAGUGUGCUGGAAAUCUGCUUUAUUAGAAAAAAAUCUGAUUUUUGCAAUAGAGAGAGGUUUGUUUUUCAUAUUUCCCUUUACAGUUCUGCAGUUCCAUCACAGUAUUAUUUUAAAUAACUCAGGUGUUAUAAGAAGAAUUAGAAAAGAAGAUAACUUAUGUGGACUGUAAAUGUUUUAUUUGUAAGGUUCUAUAAAUAAAGCUAUAUUCUGUAAUUAUUGAGAA